AUGCCGUCCGUCUCCGAGGCCAAGCGGGACUACGAGGAGCGCCUGAAUGGCUGCCUCACCAAGUACAGCCGCAUUCUCUUCUGCCAGAUGGACAAUGUCCGCUCGCAGCAGGUGCACGAUGUUCGCCGCGACCUUCGUGGGUUGGGUGAGCUUGUGAUGGGCAAGAAGACACUCCAGAAGAAGAUCGUGGAGAAGCGCGCGGAGGAGAAGAAGGCGACAGAGUCCGACAAGUUGUUCUACAACAAAUGCAUCGAGCGGAAGCUGCUGUGCGGCAACACCGCCCUCGUCUUCACGAACGAGGAGAUCUCCGUUAUUACGGACGUGCUGGACAAGCACCGUGUGCAGGCCCCCGCCCGCGUGGGCGCCAUCGCCCCGUGCGACGUCGUCGUCCCCGCGGCA